GACGAUGUAACGGUUUCUGGUUUGAGUGUUUCUACUCUUUCAUGGCGCAUGUCGUGUACGUUCAACGAGGAAUAAUUAUCGCUCGCAUUUGACGCAGUGCGUUAGUCUGAUAUUACAAACGGAAAAGAACGUAAUAUAGUGCCGCGUAUUACGCGAUAGAUUUUUCGAGCAAGUAAUUCGUGUUAGUGCUUCAUAAAAAAAAAAAAAACGCGGCGGUUAAGCACUACAAAGAAAACUUGACAUUGGACGGCCAUUUUGGCGUGUUGUUUCCUAAUCGAGUGCUCAGCUUAGCAUCGAUAUCCAUCCAUUUCAAGGAAAUAGGUAUAUUUUAUCAUUUCCAAAAUGAUGACAGAAACACACAUAAAUUCCAAUCAUGUCCUAAGUUCUGCUUUGACUACCAAAUCAGAGAUAGACAAAAUGGACGACGUAGGUUGGAAAGCCAAAUUAAAAAUUCCACCAAAGGACAAACGAAUUAAAACUAGUGAUGUUACCGAUACUCGUGGCAAUGAAUUUGAGGAGUUUUGCCUAAAACGAGAAUUAUUGAUGGGAAUCUUUGAAAAAGGUUGGGAAAAACCUUCCCCGAUUCAAGAAGCCAGUAUUCCUAUUGCAUUGUCCGGUAAAGAUAUCUUGGCUCGUGCAAAAAAUGGGACUGGAAAAACUGGUGCCUAUUCAAUUCCAGUGCUAGAACAGGUUGAUCCACGAAAAGAUGUGAUCCAGGCAUUGGUGAUUGUACCCACUAGGGAGUUAGCUCUUCAGACAUCACAAAUUUGUAUUGAACUGGCCAAACAUAUGGACAUAAAAGUUAUGGUAACUACUGGAGGAACAAACUUACGGGAUGACAUUCUAAGGAUUUAUCAGAAAGUGCAAGUAAUAAUUGCAACGCCAGGAAGAAUUCUAGAUCUCAUGGAUAAGAAUGUUGCAAAUAUGGAGCAUUGUAAAAUUCUAGUUUUGGACGAAGCGGAUAAGCUUUUGUCGCAAGAUUUUAAAGGAAUGUUGGAUCAUGUAAUUUCUAGAUUACCGCAUGAACGUCAGAUACUGCUGUAUUCAGCUACAUUUCCUCUGACAGUGAAGCAAUUCAUGGAAAAACAUUUAAGAGAUCCAUAUGAGAUUAAUUUAAUGGAAGAACUCACAUUGAAAGGCGUAACGCAAUAUUAUGCCUUUGUACAAGAACGACAAAAAGUCCAUUGUCUUAAUACACUGUUCUCCAAGUUGCAAAUAACACAAAGUAUAAUAUUCUGCAAUUCAACGCAACGCGUUGAAUUACUGGCAAAGAAGAUAACAGAUCUCGGUUACUGCUGUUAUUACAUACACGCGAAAAUGGCGCAGGCACACCGAAAUCGCGUGUUUCAUGAUUUCAGAGCAGGGUUAUGUAGGAACUUGGUGAGCAGUGAUCUAUUUACUCGUGGCAUAGACGUACAAGCGGUCAAUGUCGUGAUCAACUUUGACUUUCCAAAAAUGGCAGAGACAUACUUGCAUCGUAUUGGUCGAUCAGGACGAUUCGGCCACUUAGGUAUAGCAAUUAACCUAAUCACAUAUGAGGAUCGUUUUAACUUACAUCGUAUCGAACAAGAGCUUGGAACAGAAAUAAAACCUAUUCCAAAAGUAAUAGAUCCAAGUUUGUAUGUAGCGAGACCAGAAGACAAUAAUAGUAUGGAAGAGGUUAAUGUGUCCAAGUAGUUUCGAUACAUCGUCAAGAUGAAGUUUUACAUCCGCUCAAAGAGUUUAAAGUGUAAUAUAGUGAUUGUGACUCGUACAUAUAAGGCAUACAUUGCUGUGCUUUGAACUCGUAGAGUGAAAUGUUGCUUCAGUCUCUAAUGAAUUGUCUGGUGUGAUUUAACGGUGUAUAAAGGAAAAAAAAACAGUGCUAUGAAACAUUUAGAUAAAAAAGUGGUCUAUAUAGAAAAAAAAAAAAUUGAAAAUUUCAAUUAACAUCAUAAUAAGCAGUGGAUACAUGAAUUACUUGUAAAUAAGGCAUACCGAGUAUGAAACAAUGAACUCAAUGAAGUGAUGCGAAUGCCGGUGCGAGUCAUUCUUUGUACAUAAAUACAUAUAAAUGUACAUAAUCUAAAGUGCGUCAGAGUCAAGCCAUUAUCAAGAGCACAAUAUGUAAACGAGUACAUGAGUAAACAUAAUAAUCAUUGCAUUUUACCACAACUGUAAAUAUUACAUGAAGAGUACCCAUCGUUUUAAUAGUAAAUUUUUAUACAAUGGCUUCAUACUUCCAAGAUUGUUUUUUUUUCUUUUUUUUUUUUUUGUUUAAGAAAAAACGUGAUAGCAUGCGCGAUUUAAAGGAAAACAGCAAGAAUGAAAAAUUCAUGCUUCAAGUGCUGUUCACGAGUAUUCGAAAAUUGUACGUUAAUCUAUGUGUCCAUUACUUUUGCAUCAUCAUACUUACAUAUAAAUUCUUCUUAAAUAUACAAUCACAAAUUCUAAAUAAUUAUAUUGAUCUUAAAAUUUGAUCAUGGCUUGAUUUUGCUACCCGUCAAUGCUGUCAUACAACUCUGAAAUUCAAAUCACUUUUCAACAACAAAAAAAAAAAAAAAAACAAAGGCAAGUUUUAUUUUUUUUUUUUCUUCUCUCUCUGUAAAACCGAUAAUAGAAACUUUUUUUAACUUCAUCCGAAUUUUUUUCCACGAAAUUGUGAUUGAGCAUCAGAGAUUGUAAAAUUGACUAGUUUUAUAUAAUUAUUUUUUAUAAAUAAACUGGCUGGUGGCAUUUCUGUCAACAUUAGGGAUUCGAUGCGUGAUUUCUAUUAAAAUAUUUAUGUGUCUGCUACAAAAUUGAUACAUCGACUAAUGUAUGAGUAAUGAAAUUAUCCAGUAAAGAUUUUUUAUUACUCUUUAAGACACAUAUUAGGUAAAUUUACAAAAAUAAAGAAAAAAUGUACAUAAAAUAGCAUAAUAUACCGUUUUCUGUGACAGAUAAAAAUAACUGCCAAAAUGUAAUAGAACAUCAUCGUGGAAUCCCUUUUUAUUUUUGGUUCUUCUCUUUGAUAUCUGUGUACAUGUUAACCGUAUAAAUAACAAAACAACACAAGAGCACGUAAGAAAUGAUUUCGUAUAAAAUUUCUAUUGUACUGUUGAUAUUCUUGUGAACUAAAAGUGCACCACCAGCCAAGACGACCUAGGUUUAUGGAACGAAACGCGUAUACAUUAAUAGGCAAUAGAAUAUUUCAUAUUUGAAGUAAAAAUUUCAAUAAGAGAUAUUAAUGAAAGUGAUAAAAAACGGUUUGGAAUGCCUUUGGGCUAAUAAUAUCAGUUCUGACGGGAUAUUUUGCUUUGUCGAUGGCCGUCAACAGGGGAGAUGUUUUGUGACGAGAAAGAUUGACUGCUGGAACAGAAAGCGUGAACAUUUGAAAUUUUCCUACAAAGUGGGCACGAAAAACUAACGAUGAUUUUAAAUGUCGAAUAAAACUGGACGUUUUUACACGUGCACACCCGCGAAGCAAAAUAUUGAGCUUUCGAAUUAAUAUGUAGUUCCACGUAAAGUCACGUAUAAAAUUCACUUGUUUGUUUAAAAAUGUUUGACUUUUGAUUUAGUAUUUGGUAUUGAUGACAUUGAAUACGAUCACAAGGGUAUGAUAUCGCGCACCAUGUAAUGGUGAAAUAAAAAAUAUUUGAUACGAGUAUUCUAUGUACUGGCAUGUGUGUCAGGGAUAACGCGAGAGAUUGUUUUCCUUUUAUUACCCGUUACUUGAAAUUGUGAAUGCGUUGGUUGAUAAUCGGGUAAUACGUUUUACGCAAACAUCGUUCGAUUCUAUUUUACUACUGAUGUGCUGUAAAAUUAUUAAUCACUGACGUACGGAAAUGUCUCUCUUGUGUGUCGCCAUUCGGGCACGAAUGCUGUGAUUUAGUAUUAUGGCGUCGAACGCAUUCGAAACCGUUUUUUGUGCUAACGCAAAUUAUAAUUUGAUACAUACAAUGUUUCAGUAUUGGAAAAUGUGUCUGUGACGUGCGUUACCAAGCGUGCAAGGCAUUAUCAAUCGAUUUACACUUUUUUGCCAGUUUGAGAUGAAUGUGAUCUGAGAAUACGUUGAUGUAGAGCCAAUUGAUCGUAACAAAAAGUAUGCAUCGUGUUGUUGCGAGAAUCAGACAUUAUGAUGCUUAGCGAUAGGAGGAGGCCAAUUGAUAAUAGAGAAACAGUGCGUGAAACAUUUUGUGAGAAAACGAAAUAGUUGCAAAAAAAAAAAAAAGAAAUUGGCAGUGAUUUAUCGAAAUAAUUACGUAAGCGUUGUAUUUAUAACAGUUUAGAAACGAAAACACUGUCCGGUGUUUUUUUACGUGGCUCUAUCUUACCGAUUAUUAUGUUCUUUUCGUAUGCGUUGUUACUUGUCAGCCAAAAUUUACCAACAACCGGAUGCUUAUUUUGAUAAAGUAAAAUCGCAUAUGAUUCAGUUCUAAUGUAAUAUUAUAAUCAUUCUUCUUUUUUUUUCUCUCUCAUAUUUUAUUUCCUCGAUGCAGGGACAUAGAAUUUCAAUAAGUCAAACAGUAUUUCGGAUGUGUCAGUUCUAAAAAAAAAAAAACAAACAAAUACUCUCCUGCAUAUUCACCACAAAAUUUCGCUUUUGUGUUGUAUGUUUGUGAAAGUUAUCUGAUGAUUCUUUUGGCGAAGUUGUACAGACUAGGAAAGUAAUACCGUCGGUGUUACCGAGUUAUAAUUUGAAACACCAUUAGAUCCGAUAUGGAAUCUAUUUUGUGAGGUAUAUUUUAAUCAGUCUUUAAAAGAGUCAAGAACGUGCCAACGGAGGGAAAGUUCGUAAAAUUUGAAUAAAUUUUCGCGCAUUGCAUAAAAUCGCUGACGAUUCAACGUUUCUUUCGUGUUACAUGAUUAGGUAUUAGUUUAUUUAUCAGUUUUACGACUAUUAAAUUUCUGUAAUCAUAGAAAAUGGUUAUCAUAUUUAUCUUGACUCUUUUGAAAGAUUGGUAUUCAUGUGAGAUGAAAAUAUAAAUUUCUAGUAGAAGUUGGGUGAUAAAAAGUUGUUGAAUGCAAUGCUAUGCGCAUAGACUGAAGGAAUAUAUAUACGUGUAUAUAUAUAUAUAUAUAUAUAUAUAUAUAAUUCGUAUGUAUGUAUAUAUGUAUAUAUAUGUAUAUAUAUAUAUACAUGUGUUUGUUUCGUUCUACAGUUGAAACUGAUGAGUAAUUUUAACAUCAAAAUUACGUCAUUCUCCAUGUUGUACAUGGAAUUUGAUUUUUUGUAAAAUCUUAGGGUACAUAUACACAUACAUACAUGUGUCGGAAGGUUGCUUAUGGAAAUGUUCAAGAUGAGUUUGUUCUUGAAAAAUUUUGUAAGUUCUCCCUCAUGUCUGUCGCAUAGAUGUUCAUUUCCAAGUGAAGUUCCUGCACCUCAUCUUGGAGAAGAGAAUAACCAUGAUGCGGAAAACAAUUUGUGAGUGGCACCUUUUAUAAUAUAAAAGUGCAAUGUUGGAAAGUGCCGUGUUAACAUCUGGAUUGGGGAUGUAUCUACGAUAAACCCUUUGACAGUCAUCUUAAAAGGGUUGUAUUAACACUUGAAAUAUAUACGAUUUAAUUCGUAUAGGGUGAAUGGAGGGAACAGCUUAGCGAAAUUGAGGACGUCACGUCCAACGGUUUCGUAUCCUUCACCGUAAUUUUGCAUCCGGUUCACACCGUUUGCAACGAGCUGCAUAUAUAUAUACAAUAAUACUACAAUUUUCACACUGUAUGAAAGAAAAUAUUGGUUUCGAAUCAACAUCCUAAAAACAUUUUGAAGCUCCUCUCGAGCAGCUCGAUCGAGAUUAUUGGAACACGAUCCCCGAUGAUCUAUAAAGAAUCUAUUAAAAAAAAUAAAAUCAACAAAAAAAAAAAAAGUAAAAAAAAAGACGCAAGAAAAAAA